AUGGCAGAAAAGGAAGUAACAAAAUUUCAAUCACCUGAUGGAUAUUCUAUACGUGAAUGGAAGUUGACGAUUUAUGCAAUUAACGAUGUGGGAGCAAAGUUUCAAGCUAAUUUUAUUGAAAAAGUUGAAUAUAAUUUACAUCCAACCUUUAAAAAUCCAACAAGAAUUAUGAAAAAAGCACCAUUCACUAUCAUAGAAAAAGGUUGGGGAGAAUUUGAUAUGAAUAUCAGACUUUUUUUUCCAGAUAAAUCAAUCGAUCCAUGGAAUAUAGAUUUUGAUCUUAAUUUUCAAAAACCCCAUUAUGAAUAUCUUCAUCAUCCUCGGCUAACACAAACUCCAAAUCGGUAUAAAAUCGAUGAUUCUCCAAAUUAUGAAUCUUCUUCACGAUCUUCUUACUCUUCAACUGAUUCCGCUUAUGAUAAGGAAAACUGUUUGAUUGAUUAUACAAGGUUGGCAAAUAAUCUGAGUUCAUUAGAAGGCAAUGAUAUUUUGGAAGUUAUAGAUUUAAUAACACGAAAUCGUACGAAUGAUAUGUACAUAAAUGAUGACAUUGAUGAAUUCCAUAUGGAUCUUUAUUCGCUUGGGGAAGAUUUACUUAAAGUGUUAUGGGAUUUUACUGAAUCGAGACUUUCAGGUCGUGAUCCAUAA